AUACGGCGACUAUACGGCACGUGUGCUUUUAUCUCUCGCUUUAUUUCUCCCGUGAAGGACGAAUUUCGACAAACGCUCUAUGUUACUACAAGGAAGUGUUUACGAGAAUGGCGAAACUCAAUUCAUAUUAUACGCUGUGUCCACUCAUCGAUCAGCAGAAUUUAUUAGGCGUCGAGAAAGACAAGGAACCGGGUUGUGCGAUAGUGACUCUUGGCAGAAACAUAGUGAUACGAUAUAAACUGCAAGAUUUGAAGCAGAUUAGUAGCUGGUCGAGCAAGGAAAGAUUGACGACACAAGUCAUCUACGAUAGGUCUAAGGAACGUUAUGCUGCUGCCUUUAAUGAAAGAAAGGUACGAGUUUGGUCAGAAGAGGAGGCAGACUUGAACAACGUGAAAGGAUAUAAAUUUCAGUCGCCACUUUACGCUAUUCUACAAUACGGUGAUUUGCCACCUAUUCUAGUCCAGCAGAAUGGAGCUACUGCUUCCCUAGAGUGGGCAAUUGCAAAUAGAAAGACAUGGACUAGCAAGGGUAUAACUAAAGCUAAAGAAAAGUUAUUAGAUUGUCAAUUGAUACAUUUAAAUGGAAAGACAAGUUUGUUUUGCUUAACAAAGAUAGAGGAGAUCUAUAACUAUGUAGUAGUCAAACUGGAGGAUGUUACUUGCUUGGAAAGAGUAGAUACUAUCAAAAGGAUAGAAUUAAAACGAAGAUCGGAGGAUCUCGUGGGCCAUGCAGUAAUACAUUACAAGAACAAUGCGUAUCUAUUAACUUUAUGGUCACAUGGUAGAUUGUACAGUCACUUCUUGACAGGAACGUCCUCCGAUCCGGAAUCUAGCAAGCUGAUCAGUGUAAUUACUAAUAUUAACACAAAUUAUCCCGUGGUCAUGACACACUUAAACGAAACAACUAUAGCGGUUUAUGGUGCCGAUGUUACGGACGAGGGCGCCAUACUAAUGAUAUACAAUGUACAAUUCAAAUUGGUACAAGCGGCGCAAAAGCUGAAGCUUUAUACCAAGGACGCCAAGCUGUGGAAAGUGGAAGACAAAUUGCUGCUUGCGGCAAACAGACACUUGGCCGUCGCUCCUUAUCAUCUUGCACCGCAAAGAAUAGCUGCUAUGCUGGGUUCCUCUUUGCGUUUCAAGAACGAUGAAAACGACGCGGAUGAUAUUGUCGUGAUACAAGAAGCAACAGUAGCUCAAUGGGACAAGUGCCAAAAGCGAGCAAAGCUCUCAUCGAUAGGCCGAAUACCUUCAAAUAUCUCUAAACAAAUCCAGACUUAUUUGAACGAAGGAUGGAGCGACGCUGUAAUACAGGAGACGUUGAUCCCAUCUCUCACGGAAUCUAACGACGUUAUGUCGAUUCGUUGGUGUCUCGACACAUUUAAAGAUUUACCGGAAAAGUUGCUGGUGCAUCUUUUGGCAUUUGCCUUGAAUCGUCCAGACAAAAUAUUCGUUCCUGUGCAAAACGGUACUACCGAUAGUGUAUCGAAAGCUAAUAACCCUUAUUUGAGAAACAGUUUUCUAGAUAAAGUAUUUAGUAUCAGUUAUUCUAGUGCAUCUCUGUUACCUCACUUAAAAACCGGUUUAACUUUCGACGAAGUGCUUAAACUGUUGGAAUAUUUAAUGUAUAAGUUGAACGAGGAAAUGGACUCGCUUGAUGAUAAUGUGGAGCCAAAUGAUCAGCAAUUAUAUGAGUGGUCCUGUAUGCUUCUCGAUUCUCACUAUCAACAUUAUUUACUGUCACAAGAUGCACAUGUUUUAGAGCUUUUUAAUAAGCUAAAUUCCAUCUUAGAAGAGCAUUUUCAGUUCUUGCAAGAUCUCGAAAACUUGAGGCCCAUGAUAGACAGGACCAAUAACGGAAAAUCAUUACGAUCUUCUUCAAGAAGACAUAAUAAAUUCUAUUCUAUAGAAGAAAUAAAACUUUAUUAAAUUAUAAAUUAAAUAUA